GAAAACGGUCCCUCACACACUACGUCGCUUCACACAGCUGAAUAUAUUAAGCCUCCAAAUAACCGGUAUUUAUAUUCGUGAAGCGUCCUCCUCCGUGCGUCCUCAUAUAGAAAACAAGCACGACCCGCACCUGUGUAAAAAUAAAAAAUAAGUAAAGAUACAUUUAACCUCCGACAAGAAGUGCGCGUGUUUUUAUUCUGAUGAGGAUAUUAUUGCACGCGCUUGAAGAGCUCAUUUCUUCCCCGGUGGAUUUGGAAAAGGAUUUAUUCCAGUUGGGAUCUUGUCAUUGGAGCAAAGGGAUACAACAGAGUCUUCAAAUCCGUUCGGGUUGACAGGUUCUUCAUCAGCAUGUUGCAGUGAUUGUAGUGAAACAUCUGAUUGUGGCGAUGGGGAUUUUUGGGAACCUGGUCUACACGGGUCAGACCAACUAUUACAACAAAUCUUCCAAAGACUACUGUUACUCGGCCCGGAUCCGCAGCACGGUUCUGCAGGGGCUUCCCUUCGGAGGGGUUCCCACGGUCCUCGCGCUCGACUUUAUGUGCUUCCUGGUUCUUCUUUUUGUCUUCUCCAUUUUGCGGAAAGUGGCGUGGGAUUACGGCCGCCUGGCUCUGGUGACGGACGCUGACAGUACGAGAAAGGAACGGAAUAACUAUGAGCCCGUACGCAGUGUGGCUUCAGCUCUACAUUCUGAAACGCCGGACCGUUAUGAACGUCUCACCUCCGUCUCCAGCUCGGUGGAUUUCGAACAGCGAGAUAACGGCUUCUGUUCCUGGUUGACUGCCAUAUUCAGAAUAAAGGACGAGGAGAUCCGGGAGAAGUGUGGAGAAGACGCCGUCCACUAUCUGUCGUUCCAGCGGCACAUCAUCGGCCUGCUGGUGGUGGUGGGCGUUCUGUCGGUGGGCAUCGUUCUGCCCGUCAACUUCUCAGGCAACCUGCUGGACAACAACGCAUACAGCUUUGGACGUACAACAAUCGCCAACUUGGAUUCCAAGAAUAACCUCUUAUGGCUGCACACAUCUUUUGCCUUCAUAUAUCUGCUCCUCACCGUCUACAGCAUGAGGCGCCACACGUCCAAGAUGCACUACAAAGAAGACGAUCUGGUGAAACGCACUUUAUUCAUCAACGGCAUUUCUAAAUAUGCAGAAGAAAGCCAUAUAAAGCAGCACUUUGAACAGGCGUACGAGAACUGUGUCGUACUGGAAGCGCGCGUUUGUUACAACGUGGCCAAACUGAUGUCUCUCAACGCGGAGAGGAAGAAGACCGAACGCAGUAAGAAGUUUUUCACGGAUCUGAUGGCUAAGGAACACGUGCCCACGAUGAUCAACCCGAAGCCCUGCGGUCACUUGUGCUGCUGUGCCAUUACAGGCUGUGAGGAGGAGGAGGCUGUGAGUUAUUACACUAAACUGGAGGCCAAACUCAAAGAGGAAUACAGGAAGGAGAAAGAGAAGGUCAACACCAAACCCCUGGGCAUGGCGUUCGUCACCUUCCAGAACGAGACCAUGACGGCAAUAAUCCUGAAGGACUUUAACGCGUGUCAGUGUCAGGGUUGUAAGUGCCGUCAGGAGCUCCGUUCCUCUCAGUUCAGUGACAAUCUUCAUGUCUAUAACUGGAGCGUCAGUUACGCUCCCGACCCACAAAACGUGCGCUGGGAGCAUCUGUCUUUGGGAGGAGUCUCCUGGUGGCUUCGCUGCUUCAUCAUCAACUGCAUCCUCUUCCUCCUCCUCUUCUUCCUCACCACCCCAGCCAUCAUCAUCUCCACCAUGGACAAGUUCAACGUCACCAAGCCUGUGGAGUAUCUGAACAACCCAAUCGUCACCCAGUUUUUCCCCACUCUGCUGCUGUGGGCCUUCUCCGCUCUGCUGCCCACCAUCGUCUACUACUCCGGCUUCUUUGAAGCCCACUGGACCAGGUCGGGGGAGAACAGGACCACCAUGCAUAAGUGUUACACGUUCCUCAUCUUCAUGGUUCUCCUGCUGCCGUCUCUGGGUCUCAGCAGUUUGGAUGUUUUCUUCCGAUGGCUGUUCGACAAAAAAUUCCUGGCUGAUGCCACGGUCAGAUUUGAGUGUGUCUUCCUUCCUGAUAACGGAGCGUUUUUCGUGAACUACGUCAUCGCGUCGGCGUUCAUCGGAAACGCUAUGGACCUGCUGCGGAUUCCAGGUCUUCUGAUGUACAUGAUCCGGCUGUGUUUGGCUCGCUCGGCCGCGGAGAGACGCAACGUCAAACGGCAUCAAGCCUAUGAGUUUCAGUUCGGGGCCGCCUACGCCUGGAUGAUGUGCGUUUUCACUGUGGUUAUGACGUACAGCAUCACCUGUCCAAUCAUCGUUCCCUUCGGACUGAUGUACAUGCUCCUGAAGCACCUGGUGGACAGAUACAACAUGUACUACGCUUACCUUCCCUCUAAACUGGACAAGAAGAUCCACUCCGGAGCCGUAAAUCAGGUGGUGGCGGCUCCAAUCCUGUGCCUCUUCUGGCUGCUGUUCUUCUCCACCGUGAGGACAGGGUUUUCGACCCCGACUUCCAUGUUUACCUUCGUGGUGCUCAUCAUCACCAUCGUGGUGUGCCUGUCGCACGUCUGUUUCGGCCACUUUAAAUACCUCAGCGCGCACAACUACAAGAUCGACACCAAGGACACCGACGUCGACGGAGUGGAGAACGGACGUCCUGCUAGAUCCUCGCCUUCCAACAAAUCUCAGCAGAUGUACAUCGCCCAGGUCCUGCAAGACCCGAACUCUGACGAGACCGGCGCAGGCAGUGGAGAGGACGACGGGCAGGGGUCCUCGCAGGACGAGGAGAUGAUCAACGGUGGAAACAGCCUGAACGACGCCGACUUCCAGUCCGGAGAGGACAGUCUCAUCGCCAACGAAGUCCACCAGUAACGGGAGAGAGAGCGGCGGGAG